AUGGGUGUCUCCAGAGCCAUCAAGAAAUCCUACCUUGCUCGUGAACAACCCGAAGGCGCAGGCGCAACAGUCCGCCGCUCAAUAGGAGUACCUCAACUUCGCAACUUCACACCAUUCCUCAUGCUCGACCACUUCAACAUCGCACCAGGUGCAGGUUUCCCAGAUCAUCCCCACAGAGGGCAAGAGACAAUUACCUACCUCAUCGAAGGUGCUGUUGAACACGAAGACUUCGCUGGAAACAAAGGCCGUCUCGAGGCCGGCGACCUACAAUUCAUGACCGCAGGACGAGGCAUCGUUCAUGCCGAAAUGCCAGCACAGAAUACAGAACGUAACGUCGGCAUGCAAUUGUGGGUCGACCUUCCUCAGAAUCUCAAGAUGUGCGAACCAAGAUAUCGCGACUUGCGCGGGAGUGAGAUACCGAAAGUCACAGCCGACGACGGCAAGGUCGAGAUCAAAGUCAUCUCCGGCAAGAGUCAGGGUAUUGAUUCCGUCAAAGACCUCGCAUACACACCAGUAUGGCUGCUCGACAUCCAAAUCAAGCCAGGCGGAAAAAUCGAACAAGACCUUCCAGCAAACUGGAAUGCCUUUGCAUACGUCCUCUCCGGUGUGGUCGACUUUAGCAACGGAACAAGUAAGACCGAGACAAUCAUGCCUUACCACAACGUGGUUUUUGAGCAAGCAGGAGAGAGCGUGACCAUGUCUGUCGAAGAGGGCGCCAGUGACAGCGCAAGGAUAAUAUUAGUUGCUGGUCAGCCACUCAACCAGCCGAUUGUGCAGUAUGGGCCCUUUGUGACGACGAGUCGGGAGGAGGUUGUCCAGGCUAUGAUGGACUUUCAGACCUCGAGUAAUGGGUUUGAGAGAGCUGCGGAUUGGCAGUCUGAGAUAGGGAAGACGAUGGGUAGAGUGCAUUAA